CGUGCCGAAUGUAAAUAAACUCAACAUGUUCAACUUUUCACGUAAUUGCAGACACUUAAUCAAACUAAGCGAAUUUUUUAACUCCUCAUAUAAAACAACAAACCAAAUAAAAUGUGCUUUGCCUACUACACAACAAAUAAAUUAUUUCCAAGUGAAAUCAUUUAGCCAAAGUACUAGUGAACCUACAAAUGCCCCAGAAGAAACAACUGAGAAUGAAUAUGAUCAGAUUGACUAUGAGGGAUUAUCAAAUGGUGACAAAGAAGUUGAACACAAGCUUAGAAUAAUUGCUCUUGAAUUAGAGGUGAUGAGACAAGAAGGCAGACCAGUCCCUCCUUUAUCUUUUGUACAACCUGACAAAUGGAUAGAAGCUGUAAAUUUACCAACUAGAACAGGAAGGAAAAAAUUUUUUGAAUACCUCUUUAAACUAUCCAAAAAGAAAGAAAACCAAUUGUUAAAGAAAGAGCAAAAAAAACUUGAAAGAGGUGAAAAACCAGAAAUGAAAGUGAUUGAAGACUUGGAGGAGUUUGCACAUGCUUAUGACCUGCAACACAAUAAUAUUUUUCUCAGGUUUUAUGAAUCUACCAUGAAUCAGUUAUACAAUAACAAAUUAAUACAAGCAAUGCAAUUUGGACAAAAAAUAGUUAUUGAUUGCGGCUAUGACCAAAAUAUGUCUAACAGGGAAAAUACCAACACCGCUAAACAGCUACUGUUUUGUUUUGCAGAUAAUAGGCUGCACUCAGAUCCCUAUGACCUACACUUUUGUAAUUUCCACUCAAACACUGUUUUAAAAAAUUGUUUUCUUAGACAUAUACCAACUGCUGUUGAACCACAUUUUCCAAUUAAUAUGCAUGAAGAAAGUUAUUUGGACAAAUUUCCCAAAGAACAACUUGUUUAUUUAACACCACAUUGUAGGGAGGAACUUUUACAUUAUGAUCAUGAUGCUAUUUAUAUUAUUGGGGGCAUCGUGGACAAAAUGAACAAUGAGCCCCUGUCUUUGGCAAAAGCAAAGAGAGAAGGUCUGAGAAUGGCAAAACUUCCACUAGACAGAUAUUUGCAAUGGGGCAGUGGUUCUGGCAAAAGUCUUACACUUAAUCAAGUUAUAAACAUAAUGAAUGACAUGAAAGUCACUGGUGACUGGGCACAUUCAUUAAGGCAUGUACCAAAGAGAAAACUAGCAGAGUUUAAUAUUGAUGAAAACAUGUCUAGAAGCAGUGACAGACCUGUAUAUGACAGAGUUAGAAGAGAAAGAAAAUGGGUGCCUUCUCCAAACAUUGACUUAAGUAAUUUAAGGUACAAUAAUGAUAAAAGAGAGUGGAAACCAAAAUCUACAAGGACUAGAUUAGAUAAUAUAUUUAGAGAAUAAUUGUUUUAAUAUUAAACAUUUGUUGAUAUUUGA